AAGUGCUGGCGCCAGGGGACAGACCACCUGAUCGGUAGGUGGUGUGAGCCCUAGCGGUUUGGUAUGGAGGACUGCGGCGAGCCGCACCUGGAUGCCAAGUCCAAGGUCACCAACCAGCUUGUAGAUUUUCAGUGGAAACUGGGGAUGGCAGUGAGCUCAGACAGUUGCAGAUCUCUCAAGUAUCCUUACGUUGCAGUGUUGCUGAAGGUGAUGGAUCAUUCAGGCCAAGUGAAGAACAAGUCCUUUGAAAUGACAAUUCCACAGUUUCAGAAUUUCUACAGACAGUUCAAGGAAAUUGCUGCAGUUAUUGAAACUGUGUGAAAACGGAUUACUUGGUUGAUAAGUUAUGGCCAUCAUUCUAAAAUCGUGGACUUCACUUUCUGUAACAAACUGUAUAUGGAUCCAAUGAUAUUUAUUGACUGAAAAUUGUACUUUUGUUUUUCUAUUUUUUAAUAAUAAAAAAUCACACAAACAGGAAUUAGAUAGUGGUGGUCAAUGCAAAACUUUGUGAAUAUACUAAAAGCUACUCAAUUGAACACUUUAAAGGGUGAACUCUGUUUUGUAAACUAUAUCUCAAUAAAAAAUCAGAGUUAAGUGA